AUGAUGCCGUCAUUUCCACAGCAUCGUUUGAAACGCAAGGCUUCUCCAGGCGAUGACACUGCUCGAGGACUAGUUGCUCCAGUGAAUCCUAUCCAAGAGGCGUCAUCGGGACUUUUUGAUGCUACUUUUGAUAGAAUUCUGAGCCCUGAUUAUGAAUGGAACAUGAACAGAUUGUCUAUGCUGAUUGCUGGCCGACCCAAUUGGAUGGUGCUAUGUCAAUGUUCACCUUAG